AUGACACCGUAUGAGGCUUUCUAUGGUCAUAAGUGUUGCACUCUUCUGUGUUGGGCUGAGUUGGGUGAGAGGAGGAUUAUGGGGUUAGAUUUGGUUUUUAAGACUGAAGAUAAGGUUAGACUGAUUCGGGAUUGCCUUAAGGCAGCAUCUGAUAGACAGAAGUCUUAUGCAGACCUAAAGAGGAAAGACAUAAUGUUUGUUGCACGAAAUCAAAUUUUCAUUAAAGUAUCUUCGUGGAAGAAAGUUCUCCGACGGUAUCAUUUUGAUCCAUCUCACAUUGUGCCCAUUGAAGAGAUUGAGGUGAGGGCAGAUUUGACGUUCGAGGAAGAACCAAUUCAGAUUUUGGAUCAAAAGGUUAAUGUCUUGAGAAAGAAGACUAUUUCAUUAGUUAAGGUCUUGUUGCAGAAUCAUGGUAUAAACAAUGCCACAUAG